AUGGCAGAUUAUGCUAAUUAUUUCCAAGUCAUAGUUGAAAGGCUAUCGUUUGCUAUCUAUGCUGAUAAUACAUACCAACUCCAGCUGUUCAAAUUAUGGAAUAGGGAAUUAGAGUGGAUAAAGUAUGAGGAAGAUGUAGAAGAAGGUGCUGACCGUUGGAGCAAGCCACACAUUUCAACACUGUCUCUCCACAGUUUGUUUGAACUCAGAAAUUGCAUCCUGAUAGGAACGGUAUGCCUGGACAUGAAUGCAGAGAAUCUUGAUCAAAUUGCAGAUCUUGUUCUUGAUAAGUUUAUCGCAUCUGGUCAACUUGAUGAUGAACAGAGGUACAAUGUACGUGAAGCGCUGCUCUGCCGUCAUCGUCAUCAAUGUGAAAAGAAACACCGAGAUUCCAAGCGACACGGUAGCUUGUUGCCGGGCAUCAGAUCACUGGUAGAUAUUGGACGGUCAUUAUCUGGCAGUUAUCACCAUGGAAACAUGGAACAAUCUCUAUCUGCAACGCAAUCCACGCCAUCUAUGCCAAGGACCAGCUUUUCACACGGCUCGCAUCUAGGUGUAGUAGAUGGUAGUUCCACACCCCCAUCAGGCAGUUUACCUCAUGUACCAAGCGCUCAGAGUAUGAAGAAGAGAGUGAAAACUAUCCACAUGUCUCAUGAGGCAAAACACCACUUCAUGAAGAAGAUCCCAGCAGGGGCUGAAGCAUCGAAUGUCCUAGUAGGAGAAGUAGAUUUCUUGUCGCAUGCAGUCAUCGCGUUUGUCAGAUUGGAGCAUUCUGUAUUACUUGGUGAUUUAACAGAAGUUCCCAUUCCCACCAGAUUUCUAUUCAUACUCCUUGGCCCCCCAUCGGAAGAAACUGCUAGAUACCACGAGAUUGGUCGAUGCAUUGCCACACUCAUGUCAGAUGAGGUGUUCCAUGAAGUGGCUUACAAGGCAAAUAAUCGAGACGAUUUACUAGCUGGUAUUGAUGAGUUCAUGGACCAAGUGACUGUAUUACCCCCAGGUGUUUGGGAUCCGAAUAUUCGCAUUGAACCACCAAAGGUAGCCCCACCACCAACUCAUCGUCUUGAGUCAGACCAUCAUGAUGGUGGACGGUCAAAUGGACAUGCAGACCACGGAGAAGAUGAAGAAAAGAAGGAAGGGCUUGAAAGAACGGGAAGAAUAUUUGGUGGACUUGUGCAAGACGUCAAGCGGCGAGCCCCACAUUAUCUAAGUGAUUUUACUGACGCCCUGCAUCUACAGUGCUUAGCUUCAGUAUUCUUUAUGUACUUUGCCUGUAUCACACCUGUCAUCACAUUCGGUGGUCUUCUUGGUGAUGCUACACGACAUCAAAUGGCAACGCUAGAGUCGCUUCUUGGUGCCUUCAUAUGCGGCGUGGCCUAUGCCCUGUUCGCUGGUCAGCCGCUUACUAUACUUGGAAGCACAGGACCUAUCCUCAUCUAUGAGAAAAUUCUUAUUGGCUUUUGCGACUCUGCGAACUUAGAGUACCUCCCAUUUCGUUGGUGGAUUGGUAUGUGGACGGCUUUCCUGUGCAUCGUCCUUGUAGCAACAGACGCUAGUUCGUUGGUUCGUUACUUCACUCGUUUCACCGAAGAAAGUUUCUCAACACUUAUCUCCGCCAUCUUCAUCUACGAAGCUUUUCAUAAGCUGUUCUCUAUUUAUGGAAAUGGGGAAUCUCAUGUUAUACCUGAGAGUAAUGUCACAUACGAUUGUCUAUGUGAGAGGAAUACGAGUGGAAUAUAUGAAUAUAAUUUUCCUGAAGAGGAUAUAUUAGAUGUGUGUGACAGCAUUAACAGUACCCUCUAUAGCAACGAACCCAGUCACACAGGAUUCACAGACGUGUUUCUCAUGUCGACAAUAUUAAUGAUUGGAACGUUUAAGAUGGCAUACACACUGAAAACCUUCAAAACGACGCCAUAUUUUCCAACGGCAGUAAGCUCAAUUAAUUACUGUGUAUGGCCAGCUAAGUUCUUCGGUUGUCAUGAGCAACGUGUUACUCCUCUUGUAGUCUUCAUACUGGUGGGUUUGGCUGUACUAAUGACACCACUUCUACAGAUUGUUCCAAUGCCUGUGUUGUAUGGUGUAUUUCUCUACAUGGGUGUGUCAUCUCUAGAAGGAGUACAGUUUGUUGACAGGAUAAAGCUUUUCUUUAUGCCUGCAAAACAUCAACCAGAUUACAUCUUUCUGCGUCAAGUUGAACUACGUCGUGUGCAUGUCUUCACAGCUGUUCAGCUUAGCUGUCUAGUGAUACUUUGGAUUAUAAAGACUACUAAGGCAGCACUGAUCUUUCCAGUCAUGGUUAUAGGUACAGUUGGUGUUCGUAAACUACUUGAUUAUGUAUUUACGCAACGCGAGCUAGGUAUGCUGGAUGACGUCAUGCCAGAGCGCAUGAAACGCGAUAAGUUGGACCAAAAAAAGAAGGAAGAAGAGAUAAUGGCAAGAGAAGAGCGGGAAAUGGCGGUUUGUGAAGAGAUGAAGAACAUGCCUGGAUCUAUUAGACUACCACUUUCAGAUGGCAACAUGCUAAGCAUUCCUGUGGGAAAAGUAGAGUUUCAUCCGGACAGAAAGGUGAUCAAUAUAUCGGAUGAAAUGGCAAAGACUGGAAUAUGGAAGGCGUUGGUUAGCAACGCUAGUAGUGCCGAACUUUCAAGGAAGAACUCCCUGGAUUUUAGAGCCAAAGAAAAAGCGAUGAAUAAUAAAAGCGGUAACGAGCUCUCAACGAUACCGGGGAGUCCAAGCCCUGAGAGGGCGCCAUUACUGGUUCCAGAUGUUGAUGAUGGUGAUGGAGAUAUUAUAAUUGAAGUUCCAGAGUUGCAAACAAAAGCGGCUGAGACUAUGUUAUAGAAGGAACAGAAGCGGCUGAGACUAUGUUAUAGAAGAGAAUAAAAUACCUCUAAGGUAUCAUCAUCAUUAUUCAUCUAAUUAUAAUAAUCAUUACAACUAUCAUCAUCAUUACCACCAUUAUAUAGAGUAUCAUUAUCAUCAGGAUCGUCAUCUUACAAGACCUGGAAAAGUUAAAUUAGUUAUUUGAAUUUAACUUUUCCAGCCUGUCAGAAACAUCAAUAGUUUAUGCCUUGGUGAAAACUCAUGGAUAUGUUUUAUAUAGUGAUUGUAUUAUUCAAUUCCAGUUACAUUUUAUUAAUUUGAGUAAUAUUGGUUUAUAAUUUGUAAAUGUAACACAAUAAACAUGAUUACAUUUUACAAGUGUUAACAUAAAUGUACACACAGAUAUUUCCAAUGAAAAAUAAUAUAGAGGUUGUUGAAUAUAUGACUGUAUUAUUUGGUUUUAAAUUCUAAGGGCUUUCUUUGUAUCAAUAAAUUGAGAUGAAAAGGGGGUGGAGGUUGCAAGAUGAUACUCUCUGAAUGUAAAAGAGUGAAUUUUACUCCAAAAGAGUGCAUACACUGAUCACUCCAAUUUCACCCUUUCUUGAGUGAAUAGUGAAUAAAUAGUGCACUCUGUCAUUCUUUUACAUUUAGAGUGUAGGAAUAAGCAAGCAAUAGGCAGGGAAUAAGGGUUGAGUGAAGAAAAACCGUUGGUGUGUCCAUGAAGGGCAAAUAAGUUGUACAGACUGGAGAAAGAUAUUUAAGUUUGUGAUAGAUGGGUUGUAUAAUGAUAGACUUUUUAUUAGGAAAUACUGCUAUGUUUUUAAUAAUAAUGUUAAUAUAUUAUAUUUUUUGAAUGGUACUUAUGUUAUGACAUUUUUGUGUAUUGGUCAUGGAAAGUGUAUUGGACUAGAAUUUAUAAUUGCAUAGAAACCCAUUAGCUAUGCACUUUGUUGUAAUCACUGCAUUCUUGAUUAUUAUCAAUAUCAUUGUUAUUAACUUCAUUGUUAAUCAUCAUCAGUAAUAUCGUCAUUAACAUAAUCAUUGAAUUUUUUUAUCAUCAUCGUCAAUAUCAUUGCCAUCAUAAUCAACAAUCUUGAUAUCAUCAUGAGUAUUAUUUAAUUUUCAAGGAUUCAUAAGUGAUCUUUAUUGUGGGCCAUUUACCUCAGCACAGAUUUCCUGUUCUAGUGUGAUCAUAUUUUUUUUUUAUUGAUUUGUAAUGUAAGCUAGUUUGUUUCUCGCAAUUAAUAAGUGCUUUAGCAAAUUUAUAAUAAGUUUCUUAAAAAUAUAUGCAUUAAUUCUUUUAUUACUUUUCCCUCAAUAUUUAGAUGUAUUUUAACGAAAUGACAAGGCUAAUUAAUUUAAAUUUUACUAAUUUAAAAAGUAAUUAUAUAAGAUAGUAAAAUUCCAUUUGUUACAAAUGGUCAGAUAUUUAUCUGAAUGUAAUUUGUUUUUAAAUUUCAUUUUUGUAUCAUUGUUAAACUAGAUGAAGAUAAUUACAUGUACUAUUCAUCAUUUCAGUGGUGAUAAAAUUAAGAUAACACUUAAAUAUCAUCACUAAUGAAUUCAAAAUUAGUACUUUCCUUUUUUCUCGUUUAAAAUGGAAAUUUAAUUAAAUUGCUGUCGUUUAAAAAACCAGUAGCAACAGAGUUAAAAGGCAGGUACACACUGUGUUGACCGGAUUGCAUAGAGAAUGCUAUGCGAUGAGGAGCAAACAAGGGAUUAAUGAUCUGCUAAGUUGGCCACCAACAAAAGUCAGCAUUUUGUUGCCAAGCAGCAUUGUGUUGCCAAGCAGCAUUGUGUUGCCAAGCGCUUACUAUUAAGUGAGCGGUUGUGGGUCUGACCGACAGCCAAUACAGUGUGUUCCUGGCUUAAGAUAGUAAAAGGAUUAUCUGUUAACUUCUCAGGUGUCAUAUACUUGAAAUGUCUCGAGAAAUAAUUGUAAUAUUGGUUACAUAUACUCAGAAUAUUCAAGAAAUACAUGUUGUGUGUGAGAAAUGCAUAUUGAGUAGAUACAAAUACAUAAUAAUGUGUGAGAUAUACAUUCAUUUAAUGUGUGAUAAUUACACAUAAUGCGUGAGCUAUGCUCACAAACUGUCAGAUACAUCCAGGACACAAGUUUUAGAUGUUCAUAAUCGUUGGAAAUACAGUAGUUACUUAUAAUAGAUCCCAUAAAAUGUGUACAGAUGUUAUUUUUGUAGCUGCAAGUGGGAUAUAAUUAUUUCAAUGAAAUAAUCGUAAGACUUGACUGCGCACUAUUUCAAUAUUUCCUGCCAGAAUCUGAAAUGUUGAAUAAGAAAUUUUGAAUGUUUUUUUUUUUUUUUGGUGUGGGUCUACGUCUGGACUAGGGGUUAAGAGGCUGACUUUGGGGUCUACAAAUGGCAGACAUUGGGUUUAAAAAGCAGCCUUUGUAUGUAGCUAUUAGUUAUUGGAAGAUAAUGAUCGGGUUUUGGGGGAGGGGAGCUGAGCAUGGGCAAGAUAUUGUCGUAACUUAACCUACAAAGCAGUGAGUGAACGUUGAUGUGUAUGUUUUACUUGUAUCGUAUGUCUAAUGUAAUGAGAAUCGCAUUCACUUGUCUCCAUUGGUUGUACAAUUGCUCUUAACAGUAAAAAUGAAGCAAACAAUAUACUAAGAUAAUACUGCCAAUGUUUACUUAAAUAUAUACUGCCACGUUAAUUGAAUAAACUUUCAUUUUAAACAAUUAAA